UGUCCAGCGGGGCUGAGCUCCAGGAGCCCGUCACCAAUCAGAGUCCGGAGGUCUGAAGCAGCGUCACAUUUCACAGCCUCUCCUCCUUUAAGAGCAGCUCGUCUCCGCUCUCCAACACAAACUUCCUCCUGCUCACAGAGAGACAUGGCUAGAACCAAGCAGACCGCUCGUAAAUCCACCGGAGGCAAAGCCCCCAGGAAGCAGCUGGCCACCAAGGCUGCCCGCAAGAGCGCCCCGGCCACCGGCGGCGUCAAGAAGCCCCACCGUUACAGGCCCGGUACCGUGGCCCUCAGAGAGAUCCGCCGCUACCAGAAAUCCACCGAGUUGCUCAUCCGCAAGCUGCCCUUCCAGCGCCUGGUCCGAGAGAUCGCUCAGGACUUCAAGACCGACCUGCGCUUCCAGAGCUCGGCCGUCAUGGCUCUGCAGGAGGCCUCAGAGGCUUACCUGGUCGGCCUCUUUGAGGACACCAACCUGUGCGCCAUCCACGCCAAGAGGGUCACCAUCAUGCCCAAAGACAUCCAGCUGGCCCGCAGGAUCCGUGGAGAGAGAGCCUAAACCGUCCCAUCAA